AUGUAUACUUGCCAAGAACUGAAGGUUCAGAAAAAUUGCUGUAGUGGGAUCAGUGAAGUCCAGGAUUCUGUCCCUAAAAGAGACAUUGAUCCUUCACGCUCUCGUGGGAAACUCUCAGGAAUACAUAAGGAGGGAAGAGAAGAAUCUGUUUGUCAGCCUAUUAGCAUGUCAGAGCAUGAGACAAUGAAAUUUAAAAGGAGCAUGACAAAAACAGUGUCCUUAAUGUCAAAGAAUGAGAAUUUGAAAAAGACACUUCCCAAAGCUUCUGCUUGCAAAGGAGUUCAGCAUGGUUUUGGCGCAUCACCUUCUUCUCCUGUACAUGAUAAUAUUAGAAAGACUGGAAUGCAAACAGCCAUUUUGGAACCAAGUUGCCAUAAAAAGACUUGUGAGCAACCAAAAGUGGGAAGAUCUUCUAAAAAGCCUUUGGGAACCAAAGUUCAUUCUUAUGAUAGAACAGAACCAGUUGAUGAUGACAUUAUAAUGCAUAUUCUGAGGCUUCGAGGCAAACUUGGCUGGCAAACAAAGUUACCAUCGUGUAAAUGGUUAGCUAGAGAGGCUGAUGUGGCCAGAUUUCAGAAGUUCACGCUUACGAGACCUUUAUUGCUAAAAGAUAGCGGGGAAUAUAUAUAUUGCCUUGAAUGAAACAGGAACAACUUUAAAGCUCCCUACAACCCAUAUGAUUUACAGGCCGUCUCUAUGAGUACAGCAAUGCAAAGCAAAGAAUAUUGGACUGUUACAGCCCCAUUUGUGUCUAAG